AUUUAGUCCCAGGAGGAUGUAUCACUUUUGUACUUAGAAUGACAUCAGUUUCAUGUCAGUUUCAGAUGAAUAGCAAUAGGGGGCGACAGCAGCGCAACAAACGGAAGACACUUCCUUACGCGACUUUCUGUCAGCUGAUCGCGGUUGAAGCUUGUUCAGACUAAGUUAUGUUAACACUUUUUUUUUGUCGUGCAGCUUUGUAGUCAGUGUGAUUUAAGCGUUGGGACUGUAAACGGCUUUAAAUCAUGGAUGAUUCAGAUACCAGCGCUAUUCUUGCGGAGGACCUAGAGUCGAGUGACUCCAGAAGAGUCUGUUGUUGUUUUAAGGUGCCAGAAAGCAGACGUCCACCGCCGUGUUCAUGUCCUUUUUCCGUGACUGUGGAGCCCGUGAUGUUCCUUUCCAUGUUCUCCAUAGUUCUCCAGUGGCCUUUGAGCACGCAGUACCUUUGGGAUCGUAUCAGUGAAGACGUGGGUUACAAUGGAACUAAAGGUGGAGGAGGAUGUAAUGCAUCUACAGUCGACGACCCCCUGCAAAAGGAAGUUGAGACCCUGACCGCACAAUGGAACCUGUACAUCAAUAUGGGUGGAUUUCUAGUUGGGUUGAUCAUGGUGACACUGCUGGGCUCAUGGAGUGACCGGGCAGGUCGGCGUCUUGUUUUGAUCAUCCCUUCCCUUGGCCUGGCUGUUCAGGCAUCUGUGUAUUUGAUUGUCAUGUAUCUGAAGCUGCCUGUGUUCUGGUUCCUCAUUGGGAGAAUCUUUAGCGGCCUGUCCGGGGACUUCAAUGCCAUUUUGGCCGGUUGCUUUGCGUAUGUGGCCGACACGAGUGGCAGGGGGUCUCGAACUUUUCGUGUAGCAAUACUAGAGGCUUGUCUCGGAGUGGCUGGCAUAUUUGCAAGCGUCAUUGGAGGACAUUGGCGACGGGCACAAGGGUAUAUUAACCCAUUCUGGCUAGUAUUGGCCACAAAUCUUGCAGCAGCGCUCUACGCAUACCUGUUUGUGCCUGAAACUGUCACCCCUGACCCCGAGGCAAGGUUCCUCUCCACCAGGCACCACCGGGCCAUCUUUCACCUCUAUUCAUCUGAUGCACCACAGGGACGCCGAGCUAAACUGUGGCUCUACACUAUCUGCUUCUUUUUGGUGGUGUUUGUACAUUUUGGCUGCAGUGACCUCUUUGUGCUCUAUGAGUUGAGCGCUCCACUCUGCUGGGGUCCAGAGCUGAUCGGUUAUGGCUCUGCAGCCAAAAAUCUGGCCUACCUCACUAGUUUGAUGGGGCUCAGGGCCAUGCAGUGCUGUAUGAAGGACUCCUGGGUGGCUUUGGUUGGCCUUACCUCUAACAUAGUGGGAUUAAUUGCAAUUUCGUUCGCUAACUCCACAGCUCUGAUGUUCACCGGAUAUGGCCUGUCCUUCCUUUUUAUGGCUUCCACCCCAGUCCUGAGAUCUAAACUGUCCAAGCUGGUGGACCCUUUAGAACAAGGAGCUCUGUUUGCUUCAGUGGCGUGUGUGGAAGGCCUGUGCUCACUAUUAUCUAGUGUGGUCUUUAACUCUCUCUACCCUGCCACCCUAUACUUCAUGAAGGGGUUCCCUUUCAUCUUUGGGGCCAUCAUCCUCCUGAUUUCAGCUGUCAUUAUUGGAGGCUUGGGUUGCCAGGAGGAGAGAGAGGGCGGAGAAAAUCGAGAAGGUUCUGUGAUAUCCUGAUUCUUUUAUCCAGCAAAGAUUAAAUUGAUCAAAAGUGACCGUAAAGACACAUUAAAUUGACAAUAAAGAUUUUUUAAAUUCUGUUAUUUUAACAUUUCUAUUUAUAAUACUGUACUAUCAUGAAAAAAUAUUAAGCAGCACAACCAUGUUAUCAUGGAUAAUAAGAUUUUUUUUUUCUUGAGCAACAAAUCACCAUAUUAGAAUGAUUUCAGAAGGAUCAUGUGACUCUGAAGACUCCUGAAAAUUCAGCUUUGCAAUAAAUUACAUUUAAAAUAGAAAAGCUAUUUCAAAUUGUAUUAACUUUUACAAUACAGACCCCAAACAUUUGACCAAAAAGUUUGUACACACCUUCUCAUUCAAAGAGAUUUCUUUAUUUUGAUGACUAUGAAAAUUGUAGAGUCACACUGAAGGCAUCAAGGUCUAUUUGAGCA